UCCAAGUAUAAUGGCUGCGUUCGAAUGAGACGCAAAUCUUCACUUUCCUCCCGUCGCACACCAAGCGCAAGCUGGCCCCGGGCUUGUCCAAAAUUCUAGUGCUCGCAGCCGCUUCAAAUGACCGAACGGAUUCGCCUUUGUCGUUAGAAGUAUCAAUGUAGCAGUGAGGCGCGAAUUUCAGUCAGGGUGCUAGGUGUCGUGUCCGAACAGAAAUCGUGUCGACGGAACCUGCUGCCGUUGCCGAAGAAUCGACGUGCGAAAACGGGAGCGAGAGAUAAAGAGAUUCUUAGUAAAUUCUUUAAGACACAUACACACGUACGAGGUGGAAGUGACAAGAGAUCGAAGAUUCAAGCGACUCUCUGUCUUCGAGAAGUAGUCAAUGAUGAGGAAUCGAUGAAGGAUCACUGGCAUGGCCACGCGACUCAGCCCCGAAACUCGGAGGUGAACGCUCUCGAGCAGAGGGGCUAUCUCAUCGGCAAGAAGAUCGGACAGGGCUCUUACGCGACUGUCCAUCUGGCAGAGUAUAUCGAUGGAACGAGUUCCAAGAGAAUGCGUCUGGCCUGUAAGAUUUUUGACAAGGAAAAAGCACCGCCCGAUUUUUUGGAGAAGUUCUUUCCCCGCGAGCUCGAGAUUUUAACAAAAAUAGAAAAUCCGCAUAUUAUUCAAGUACACAGUAUCCUGCAGCGCGGCCCGCGUGUCUUCAUCUUCAUGCGCUACGCCGACAACGGCGACCUGUUAGACUUCGUCAAGAAUAACGGGGUCGUGCCAGAACAGCAGUCACGACUCUGGUUUCGUCAGAUGGCGUCCGGCCUGCACUAUUUGCACGGCAAGAACAUCGCCCACCGGGAUCUCAAGUGCGAGAACAUACUACUCUCGCGCAAGUUCAAUGUAAAACUGCCAGACUUCGGUUUCGCCAGAUUCUGCAUGAAUCACGAGGGCAGGCGGGUCCUCAGCCAGACGUACUGCGGCUCGGCGGCCUACGCCGCGCCGGAAGUCGUCGCCGGCACACCGUACAAUCCGAAAUUGGCGGACGUGUGGUCGCUCGGUAUCAUCCUCUUCAUUAUGCUGAACGGAACGAUGCCGUUCGACGAUGAGAAUCUGCCGAAGCUUCUCAAGGAUCAGAUGUCGCGGAAUUGGGUGUUCAGAUCGCGCGUCCGAGACAAGGUGUCCACGCUGGCUAAGAAUAUCGUUCGGCAAAUUCUCGAGCCGGACAUCACCCUCAGGCUGACCCUCGAAAGAGUGUUGAGCCACGAGUGGGUGAGAGCGAGGAAGGAGAGAACGGGCUCCAUUGCCGGCAGGCUUGUCCAUUCAGCGCCGCCGAGUCAUACUCCGAUGUGUAGAGGCGGUAAUCUAGGCGGGUCGGAUGCUGCAGGAACCGGAAAUGUAUCUAUUGUCGCGAGGGCACUCCUUGCAUUAAGAAAUUUAGAAAAUCACCAUCAACCGUCCUCGAAAAUGGUAAAUAACUCGGGGAAAGAUUCACAACUGCCUAUCAUUGUCGGAUAAAGAGAAGAUUCUUGAGGAGAAUUGGUCAAUCAAGAUAUACAAAAUUGGAAAUACAGAAGAUUUCAAGCUAACAAUUUCAAAUAGCCAUUUUCGAAGAUAUUUACACUUGUCUUUUAUAGUAUUUUUCUUAAUUUUCUAUUGAUCGCGAUCAAUGGAAAUUUACAUAAUGUUGAUAAUGUAUU